CAAUACAACCAUUCCGAGCGUGACACCUUUCAACUGUCACUCACUCUUCUUCAAUCCACAAUCUUCACUUAAAGUUAAAUUCAACACUGUUUCUGUUUUAUUCACUUCCUCUGCAAUCUGUAUAAUUCUACACGUUUCGACUUUCUCUUUCUUCUCUUCAAGGAAACCCACCUUAAAUAUGUUAAGUUUUCCCGCUUUUUCUCUCUUUCCAACUUGUUCUUGCUCUUCAAUUCUUGGUAUUUUGGUUCCUUAAUGGGAUUUUCAUUCUUAUUCUUUUCACUUUAUGGCUGAGAGUUGCAGUUCGAACUGGUAUAAAUUCUAUCUUUUCGGAUUCAUUUCUCGGAAAUUAGUUAUUCAACUUCUUCCAUAAAAAUCUCUCAUCUUGUUUUUUAUUUUGGGUUUCUCUUAAACCCAAGAAUACGAUCGGAUUUUUCUUGUAUUAUUGAUCGAGAUUCUCUUUGAUUCUUCAAAGGACGGUCUUUAUUAGAUUCUUCAGUUUAUGCCGUUAACGGAAAAUAAUAAAGGUUCCUGAUUCCCCGUUAAAUGAUUCUAAGUCUGCUUCGUUUUUAAUCAUUUUUAAACACAUUAUGAACUUCUGAGUUAUUAAGCUAUCAGUACAAAAUAAAACUUUUGUCAGCAUGGAAACUCUGUAUCCAGCUUUGUAUAUGUCGGAUGCAAGUUGGUUUCUUCAGGAGAGCCAGAGCACAGGCUGGACUAAAGAAGAGAACAAGAAGUUUGAGAGUGCUCUUGCAAUUUACAGUGAGGGCACGCCGGAUAGAUGGAUUAAAGUGGCGGCUCUAAUUCCAGGAAAGACGGUGCUUGAUGUGAUGAAACAGUACAAAGUAUUGGAAGAAGAUGUGAACGAUAUAGAAGCUGGAAAGGUUCCGAUUCCAGGUUAUUAUAGCUCUUCCUUUGCAUUAGAGUUGGUUUCAGAACGUGAUUUUGAUGCUAAUAGGAAGAGGUCAUUGGUGAAAAGUUCAGAUCAGGAGAGGAAGAAGGGUGUGCCUUGGACUGAAGAAGAGCACAGGCUUUUUCUGAAGGGACUUCUUCAGUAUGGUAAAGGAGACUGGAGAAACAUCUCACGGCAUUUUGUAAUUACUAAGACUCCUACUCAAGUGGCAAGCCAUGCUCAGAAAUACUUUAUAAGGCAGCUUUCAGGAGGGAAAGACAAGAAGAGACCAAGUAUCCACGACAUCACCACUGUCAAUCUAGCCGAUACAAAUUUACCAGACAAUCAAAAACCUUGCUCUGUUGACCAAUCCAAUGUGCUUCCACAGCAACAGAAGUCCUCUAGCUUGCCGAAAGUAGGACUUGAGUGGAAUGACUCAAACAAUGGAGUAGUGAUUUUCAAUCCAUCUAAUGGUAACAACCUGUUUGUGCCGUCUGUUAAUGAUAUUGGUUCAAAUGGCCUUAAACUUCAGGGGAAAAAUUUGUAUGGCACUACUUAUCAUGGAGUUCAUUUCAAACCCCGAAAUUCAGUGUUCUGAAUCCAAUUUAGAGAAGUCAUAUGAUAUAUGGAUAGUUGUGUUUCUCUGUACUCCAGAACUGAAAUUCCAAAUCUGUUUGUAUCUUAUAAAUUUCAGCUUUAGUGUUUUUGUCUUAGUUGUUUUGUUACAUAAACAAUGUGUUGAAUCUGUAAAUUGCCCUUGAAUUCCACAGGAAGUUGAAAAUCA